CACCACCAAGUCACCAACCCAACUCAUCUCUUGGUGGUUCUACAUCAUUCCGGUGGAACCCCGCCGCCGGUCUUACAUACCCUAAACGGAAAACGUUAAGAUGGGUCAGGGUCUUAGUUGCAGAAUACGGGAUGACCAUGGUUUAUUCACGGCCGUUCAGUUUGGGGAUUUAGAGAUUGUCAAGACUGUUUUGGACCGAGAUCCAUCUCUCAUUCAACAAACUACGGUUUAUGAUCGCCAUUCUGCUCUUCACAUAGCUGCUGCUAAUGGCCAGAUCGAGAUGGUUUCUAUGCUUUUGGAGAAUCCAUCAGUCAAUCCUGAUUCUUUGAAUCGUCAUAAACAGACUCCGCUGAUGUUAGCUGCAAUGCACGGGAAGAUCACUUGUGUUGAAAAGCUCAUUCAAGCUGGGGCUAAUAUUUUGAUGUUUGAUUCAUUAAAUGGAAGGACAUGUUUACACUAUGCUGCUUAUUAUGGCCAUUCAGAUUGUCUGCAGACCAUUCUUUCCUCUGCUCGAACCUCCCAUGUUGCGGUUUCUUGGGGUUUUUCCCGAUUUGUGAAUAUAAGAGACGGUAAAGGGGCAACACCGUUGCACUUGGCCUCUCGCCAAAGACGUCCAGAAUGUGUUCAUAUACUCCUAGACAACGGUGCUCUUGUGUGUGCCUCCACCGGAGGAUAUGGUCUUCCUGGUAGCACUCCGCUUCAUUUGGCUGCAAGAGGGGGUUCAAUUGAUUGCAUCCGAGAAUUGUUAGCAUGGGGUGCUGAUCGACUAAAUAGAGAUGCAUCAGGGAGAAUCCCAUACGCCGUUGCUUUAAAACACAAAAAUGGCGCGUGUGCGGCCUUGCUAAACCCUUCAUCCGCGGAGCCUCUAGUGUGGCCAUCACCAUUAAAGUUCAUUAGUGAGCUUAAUCAAGAUGCAAAAGCUUUAUUAGAGCAGGCUCUGAUGGAGGUCAAUAGGGAAAGGGAGAAAACCAUUUUAAAGGGCACGGGGUACUCGAUGCCAUCUCCAUCCCAUUCUGAUGUCACCGCCUCAGAUGAUGACAUCUCUGAGGCCAGCGACUCGCAGUUAUGUUGCAUAUGUUUUGACCAACUAUGCGCGAUUGAGGUCCAAGAUUGUGGCCACCAAAUGUGUGCUCAAUGCACACUAGCGUUGUGCUGUCACAACAAGCCAAACCCGACAACUGCAUCCCUAACCGCACCCAUCUGCCCGUUUUGCCGAAGCAACAUAGCCCGACUAACCGUCGUGAAGGUCAAAAUCAACGCCGCUGAUCAAGAACUCGAUCUUUAUUCGUCUCCUAAGCAGCGGAAAUCAAGAAGGUCUCUGAAUCUGAGCGAAGGAAGCAGCAGCUUCAGGGGAUUGUCCUUUGGGAAAAUGGUGGGUCGUAGUUCAGGUCGGGUGUCUCUUGAUAACGGACGUAUCGAUAAACCGUGAAAAAGAGGAUCGCGAAAAAUCGGAAAGUUGGAAAGGAAGGAUUGGUUGAAGAAUGGUCUGGGCCCAAUUGGGCAUCAUGUGUAUAGAGAAGAUCUCUUCAAAUCUGGUUCUUGUUUUGGAUUUCUGGGGGAAUAAGCAAAAGGAAGGGGAGGUUUUUGCAAGUUUGGGAUGGUGAGUGCUAUUUGUUGUGUUACUUGAGCUUCAAGAAGCAGUUACUUGUUUAAAAAGUAAUAUGUUUUUACUUCUUUCCAAGGCUACAAAAUUCAAAAUUCAUCCAUGUAAUUCCUACAUUAUUCAAGAUAUUUGUUAUUUGUUACUUAAA